AUGAGGUAUGAUGAGACUGAGAGAGAUAACAACGAGCGAGAUGUGACCGAGAGAGAUGAGACCGAAAGAGAAUGGGGCGAAAAAGAUGAGACUGAAAGGAAUGAGCAUCAGUAUGCUGAAGAAGCAAGAGUAGAGAGGAAUGUGGCUGAUUUUGUUGAUGAAGAGUUUGAUGAGUACGCUACACCUGUGUGUUCAGACAAUGAUGAAGAAGGUAUUGUGGGAGAUGGGUAUUUGAGGUACAUAAAAGGCAGUGGUGAUCUGAAGCUAAGACAAGCAUUUGAGAGCUUGGAGGCUUUUAAACAGGCUAUGGUUGACUAUGUCCUCAAGCAUAGAUGGAAUAUUAAGUAUGUGCGUUGGGAGAAAGACAAAUCCGAACUAAAAUGUGCUAGUAAAGCUGAAGAAGGAGAGGAAAAUUGUUUGUGGAGAAUUUACUGCUCUUAUGAAGAGCCUUUACAGAAGUGGUUGGUUAAAGUGUUCAUAAAAGAUCACACUUGCAUGAGGAGUGGACGUUCAAAGCUGAUUACAAAUGAGGUUAUUGCUAGGUUAUUUUUGGAUGAGAUAAGGGAAAAUCCAUUCUUAAUGCCAAAACAGAUUCUAGAAGAAAUUCAGAAGCGUUGGGUGUUAACUGUAAGCAUAGAUCAGUGUAGUAAUGCAAAGAAAAGGGCACUAAAAAUGAUCCAAGAGGAGCAUGACUUACAGUACUCACGGCUAAGAGAUUACCGGAUUGAGCUAUUAAACUUGCAAGAUGGUAAUGGUUUUACCGUUAUAUCUGACAGACAAAAGGGCUUGUUGAAUGCUGUAUCAGAUCUACUGCCAAUGGUGGAGCAUAGGAUGUGUGCGCGUCACAUUUAUGCAAACCUAAAAAAGGUUCAUCCAAACCGAGCAGACAUGAAAGGCUUGUUCUGGAAGGUCGCGAAGAGCUACAAUACGGCUCAGUACAAAAAAAGGGUGGAUGAACUUAAGGCAUAUGAUAUGGACGUGUAUAACUCCAUGAUGAUGAAGAAUCCGAAAAACUGCAGUCUUGCUUAUUUCACACCAGCAUCUUCAUGUGAUGAUGUAAGCAACAACAUUUCUGAAUCGUUUAACCACGCUAUAGACCCUGCAAGAGUUAUGCCGUUUGUGGAGAUGUUAGAGACAAUCCGUAGAAAAGCUAUGCUACGCAUAGAGGCAAGAAGAUUGAAAGCAAUGAAGCAUAGAGGAAAGUUCAGUGUAAAAGCAAUGGAGAGAGUAGAUGCAGAGCAGAAAAAGAUCAGACAUUGUAACAUAUACCCUUGUGGUCAUGAAAUCUUCGAGGUGAAGGAGAAAAAGUCGGCUUACAAGGUUAAGAUGUUGGAGCGUAGCUGCACUUGUAGGAAAUGGGAUAUGUCUGGAUUGCCUUGCCGUCAUGCACUUAAGAUAAUUUCAGAAAAGAAGCGCAGGCCAGAGGAUUACAUGGGUAAUUGCUAUCUCACUUCUAAGUGGAGAAUGCAGUACCAAACUCCAAUUGAGGCUGUGCGUGGUGUGAAUUUUUGGGAGAAGACUAAUGAGUCUGAUAUUGUGCCACCACCAGCAGGAGAUACCAGUGCUUCAACAGGAAGAAAGAAAAUUCUAAAAAGAAUGAAAGGAAAGAAUGAGUCACCAAGUAAGAAGAAGACAAAGGAUAAGCAAAAGUCUCCGACUAAGGUUUCAAGAGAAAAAAGAAACAUUCAUUGUGGAAGAUGUGGAACCGUAGGACACAACUCAAGAAAGUGUAGUAACAUUGGUGCUGAGAUACAACGUCCACCCAAGAAGAAGAAGACCAUCUCACACGAUGAAACUACCUCUACUGAGGGAUCAUCUCAACCAAUGUUAAGCCAAGUGAUUGAUUAG